AUGAGUACCCGUAUGGUAUGCUGUUUUCGACAUUUUUAUUCUGUUUUCAGAUCAAGUUCAAGGGGGAUUUAAAUGGCUCCUGUGGUAUUUCGGGUCCUUGUGAAGAAGAUGAAGACUGUAUGUCUUUUGCCCAAAGACCGAAUUUGGCAAUAACAUGUUUGCCGAAAAAUUUUGAAGGAUUGGAUACGCUGGUUUCGAAGAAUAACAAUUUGGUGAUCGUAAUCUGGGUGCUGCUAGCUGUUAUCGUGAUCCUCAUCCUUUUCAAUUUUUACAUUUUUUAUCGAAGAAGGGGAAGUCAUAAGAGACUCUCCGAGGAUAUCUGA